ACCAUAACACAACUACAAGAAACACAUAAUACUUUUAAUACAAUUAAUUAUUUAUUAAAAGUAUUUGAAGUUAAGCACUUGUGAGUUGUGUGCAUUUUGUUAAUUUUCAUCUUCUUAAUUCUGUUCACUUUUAAACUCAUUUAGAAAAGAAAAAAAAUGGGAUUUGAGAUUGCAAAGACCAACUCAAUCUUGUCAAAGCUGGCUACUAGUGAAGAACAUGGCGAAAACUCGCCAUAUUUUGAUGGGUGGAAAGCAUACGAUAGCGAUCCUUUCCACCCUCUAAAGAACCCAAAUGGAGUUAUCCAAAUGGGUCUUGCUGAAAAUCAGCUUUGUUUCGACUUGAUAGAGGAUUGGAUUAAGAGAAACCCAAAAGCUUCAAUUUGUUCCAAUGAAGGAAUCAAAUCUUUCAAGGCCAUUGCCAAUUUUCAAGAUUAUCAUGGCUUGCCUGAAUUCAGAAGAGCGAUUGCAAAAUUUAUGGAGAAAACAAGAGGAGGAAGAGUUAGAUUUGAUCCAGAAAGAGUUGUUAUGGCUGGUGGUGCCACUGGAGCUAAUGAGACAAUUAUAUUUUGUUUGGCUGAUCCAGGCGAUGCAUUUUUAGUACCUUCACCAUAUUACCCAGCAUUUAACAGAGAUCUAAGAUGGAGAACUGGAGUACAACUUCUUCCAAUUCACUGUGAGAGCUCCAACAAUUUCAAAAUUACUUCAAAAGCAGUAAAAGAAGCAUAUGAAAAUGCACAAAAAUCAAACAUCAAAGUAAGAGGUUUGAUUUUGACCAAUCCAUCAAAUCCAUUGGGUACCACUUUGGACAAAGACACACUGAAAAGUAUCUUGAGUUUCACCAACCAACACAACAUCCACCUUGUUUGUGACGAAAUCUACGCUGCCACUGUCUUUGACACGCCUCAAUUCGUCAGCAUAGCUGAAAUCCUCGAUGAAAAGGAAAUGACUUAUUGCAACAAAGAUUUAGUUCACAUCGUCUAUAGUCUUUCAAAAGACAUGGGGUUACCAGGAUUUAGAAUCGGAAUCAUAUAUUCUUUUAACGAUGACGUCGUUAAUUGCGCUAGAAAAAUGUCGAGUUUCGGUUUAGUGUCAACUCAAACGCAAUAUCUUUUAGCCGCAAUGCUAUCGGACGAAAAAUUCGUCGAUAAUUUUCUGACAGAAAGUGCGAUGAGAUUAUUUAAAAGGCACAAACAUUUUACCAAUGGACUUGAAGAAGUGGAAAUUAAAUGCUUGAAAAAUAAUGCGGGGCUUUUUUGUUGGAUGGAUUUGCGUCCGCUUUUAAGGGAAUCGACUUUCGAUAGCGAAAUGUCGUUAUGGAGAGUUAUUAUAAACGACGUAAAGCUCAACGUCUCGCCUGGAUCAUCGUUUGAAUGUCAAGAGCCAGGGUGGUUCCGAGUUUGUUUUGCGAAUAUGGAUGAUGGAAUGGUGGAUAUCGCGCUCGCGAGAAUUCGGAGGUUUGUAAGUGUUGAGAAAAGUGGAGAUAAAUCGAGCGCGAUGGAAAAGAAGCAACAAUGGAAGAAGAAUAAUUUAAGACUUAGUUUUUCGAAAAGAAUGUAUGAUGAAAGUGUUUUGUCACCACUUUCGUCUCCUAUUCCUCCCUCACCACUAGUUCGUUAGGACUUAAUUAAAAGGGAAGAAUUUAAUUUAUGUUUUUUAUAUUUGAAAAAUAUUUGUAAGAAUAAGAUUAUAGAAGGAAAUCUAGGAGGAGUAUUUUCAGAAAUAGUUGUUAGCGUAUGUAUUGACAACUGAUCUAUGUACUUUGACAUCAUAAUUUGUCUAUCUAAUUAAUGAA